AUGGGUAAUAAUAGCAAGUUCAAGAGAAAGGGAACUGGAUCAUCUUCCACCCCGCCAUUUUGUGGAAAUUGCAAAAAGAAACAUUUUGGAAAAUAUAGAGAAAAUUGUAAUUUCUGCAAAAUUUCGGGCCAUCGGGAGGAGGAAUGCAAGAAGAAAUUAAAGAUCUGCUACAAUUGCGGAGAAGCUGGACAUUUCAGACCAGAAUUCCCUAAAUUGGUCAAGCCAGCUGAUAAUAAAGCCAAACCUGUUGAAGGAACUAAUAAGAAGAACACAAGAGUCUUCCAACUAACUACGCAGGAAGCCGAACUGAUUCCUGACGUAAUAGCUGAUGAAAGGCUUUAUAUUCCGGAGGUUGAACCAUCAGCUACACCUGUGGUUAGAAUGCAAUUUACCUCUAUCGAACAAGAAUACGUGUUUUACCAAACAUAUGCUAAGUUAGCUGGGUUUUCUACUCGGAAAGGUGGUGAAGUACAUAGUGGUGGUAUAACCAAAACUAAGUAUUUUGUUUGUUCUAAAGAGGGACAUAAGCCAUUGUUUAUUGACGAUGUUUAUUCGAAGUCAAAAAAGCCAUUCAAAUCAAGGAACAGGGGGACCAUUAGAACUGGGUGCAAAGCUCAACUUAUGAUUUGCUCAGUGGAUGGUAGAUCAUAUACAGUCAAGAAAUUCGUUGAUGGGCAUAAUCAUAAGUUUGUUUGUCUGCAUGAUAUUCAUAUGCUGCCAGCGUACAUGCAAUUGUCAGAUGUCCAGGAGGUGAUGAUAUGGGAACUAGGCACUCUAAACCUUGGCCCUGUCAAAGCUUUUCAUAUAAUGAGGAAACGUUACGGUGGUUUCGAGAAUGUUGGCGCCACGGUUGAUGAUUGCAAAAACUUUAAGAAUCGAAUUAACAUCUAUAUAGGAGAAUAUGACGCUGACAUGGUUAUCAAUAGGUUGACCGACAAAAAACAGUAUUUAGUUGAUUUUUCGUUUGAAUACUCUGUCGAUGAGGAGAAACGGUUAAAUGGUUUGUUCUGGGCCGAUGGGUUAUGCAAGUGUAACUUUAUGGAGUUCGGGGAUGUGAUAUCGUUCGAUGCAACUUUCAAGACAAACAAGUAA